GUCAACACUCGAGCAAACAACAAAACGAAAUCAAGCGGCGUCGUCCGAAUUUUAAUUUGAUUUAAGAAUAAAAACGGCAGAAAAAACGCUGAUUUUAACAAAGAAAUAGUAAAUUUCGUAGAGUUAUUUGUCUAGGAGGUCAAAUAACUGAAAAAUAUCAAAAUGUCCACCGUAAUUGACUCGGAACUCCGCACCAAGAUCGACACCGCUUGCCGCACGGCAGAGGAGUUCACCAAACUGUACUACGACAGCGUGGACAAGAAGCGCCACCAAAUGUCCAAGCUGUACAUGGACAACGGGCUGCUGGUGUGGAAUGGGAACGGCGCGAACGGGAAGGACAACAUCCAGAAGUACUUCCAGGAGCUGCCCCGGUCCGAGCACGUAAUGAACACACUGGACGCGCAACCGAUCAUCGACGAUGCCGUUUCGUCGCAGCUGACGUUUAUCAUUCAGGUGUCGGGGACGGUGCGCUUCCAGGACAAUCCGACGAAGCCGUUCCAGCAGACGUUUAUGAUUACGGCCCAGGGGGACAAGUGGAAGAUUGCGAGCGACUGCUUCCGGCUGCAGGAUGCGAUAUUUUAGGGAGAGAGGGAAUAAAGAGGACGGAUUUGGAGAACAU